CUGGUUCACCAGCGAGUUGAGCCACUGUGCCGUUUCGCUUUCGGUUUCUGGCCUGCAGCUAAGUCACUGCAGCCGCUAAUGAGCUGGGAGCCGCCUACCUCGCAACAGCCCACCCUCGAGAGCGUCAAAGCGUUGCUGGAACGCCCCAUUUUCCUCCUCAUCUGGGCUGGGGUCGGCUUCCGCGGACAUCGCUGUGUUCAGCUUUUGCUGACCAAAGCUCGGCUACAUGCGCCACAUCUCGGCAAGCUCUUUAUACAAGGCGACUAUCUGCCACGCUGA